UUAGCUCUACUCUCAAAGACAACUUCAGGUCACAACAAAAAGCACGCAUUAAACUAAAAACAACUCCACUAAACAAUGGCUAAGUGAUAUUCGCAGGAUUUAUUAGAUCUAAUACCGGAUUCAUAAAAGUGUACUUAUUUAAUUUAAACGCAUUGCUGUGUAUUCGUUUUGUUGCAUAAUAGUCGACCUUCAUAGGUUAUUGAAUCUUGCAGACAUCACAUCAUAUCACUUGGUGUUGGUUGUGAUUUGCACGUGUGUUGCCGUUAUUUUUCGCUACAAGAACAAUAAAUUUACUAAACCGAGCCGCAAUGGCCGGAAUAAAGGCGACAGAAGAGCAAGAAAAUGGAAAUAAAAGUGAUAGUUGUUCCAAUAAAGGUGUAAAAGAUAUCACCAACGGCCAUGUUGACAACAUGAAGGAUAAGAUUCUUGAAAAGGAAUCAAAGGAAGUGCAGGAAACUUGUGAAGUUGAAAAAGGUGAAAAUGGUGAAAAGGAAGAUGAGAUGGAUGAUGGAGAAAAAGAUAAAGAAGUGCUACUUAUCCAAGAUACUGGAUUCAAUAUUCAAAUAGCUGCUCCCAACUUAGACCCCUUUGAUCUGCCAGUGAGUUCAAUGGAGCUUGUUCAAGAGAUUCACCAGGUAUUGAUGGAUAGGGAGGACACCUGUCACAGAACCUGCUUUUCUCUCCAACUUGAAGGUGUCACCAUGGACAACUUUUCUGAACUGAAGGCCAUUGAAGGACUUAAAGAGGGAUCUGUUAUCAAAGUUAUUGAAGAGCCUUACACUGUGAGAGAAGCUCGUAUUCAUGUUCGUCAUGUAAGAGACUUGAUGAAGUCUGUGGAUUCGGCUGAUGCUUAUAAUGGUGUUGAUUGUGCUUCAUUAUCGUUUCUCAACACUGUUACCCUUGGCGACAUUAUGGAUAAAAAACGUAAUAAGCCUGAUUCUGUGGACUGCACACCACCUGAUGCUAUCAUACCAAGCUCCAAAGACAGGCCACUUUUGCCUCUACAUCCUGGAAUCAAAGAUCUGAAGGGGUCUCGUUGUUUAAAAGUUUUAACCUAUAGCGGCUGGAAUCCACCUCCUGGUAAUAGAAGAAUGCAUGGUGAUUUGUUGUACCUCCAUGUUGUGACCCUUGAAGACAAACGUUAUCACAUCACUGGCUGUACCAAAGGAUUCUAUCUCAAUCAGUCAACUGAAGAUGAGUUUAAUCCAAAACCUGCCCAGCCCAAAUAUUUAUCUCAUUCUUUAAUCGAUCUUCUCAAUCAGAUCAGCCCUGCCUUUAAACGUACUUUCUCAAGUCUGCUAAAGAAACGUGGCCAGAAACAUCCAUUUGAAAGAGUCCCUACACCCUACCAGGUUUACUCAUGGAUGGGACCACAGCCAGAUCAUCAGGUUGAUUAUAUCAGGGCUGAAGAUGCUUUCUCUACUCGCUUGGGUUACGAGGAACAUAUCCCUGGCCAGACAAGAGAUUGGAAUGAAGAAAUUCAAACUACCAGAGAGCUUCCAAAAGGAAAUCUGCCUGAAAGGCUCAUUAGAGAGAGGGCUAUUUUCAAGGUACACAGUGAUUUUGUUGCUGCUGCGACACGAGGGGCAAUAGCAGUGAUAGAUGGCAAUGUCAUGGCCAUUAACCCAGGAGAAGAUGCUAAGAUGCAGAUGUUCAUCUGGAACAAUAUUUUCUUCAGUCUUGGCUUUGAUGUAAAGGAUCAUUAUAAAGAUUUUGGCGGGGAUGCUGCAGCUUAUGCUGCUCCUAGCAACGAUCUUCAGGGUGUCAAAGCUUACUUUAACCUAGAUCCUGAUAACCUGUAUACUCUAGGCACUGUUGUUGUUGAUUAUAGAGGGUAUCGGAUUACAGCUCAGUCUAUUAUACCUGGUAUACUGGAGCGAGAACAAGAGCAAUCAGUUGUCUAUGGUUCUGUUGAUUUUGGCAAGACUGUAGUCUCUAAUGAGAAAUAUAGAGAAUUGUUACAAAAAACUGCAGCUGCUCUGAAAAUCAAGUCUCACAAAGUACUAAAUAAUAAAGAUGAAGAAGUAGAACUGUAUUCUUCUAUUGAAUGCAAGGGUAUUAUUGGGAAUGAUCAGAGACAUUAUAUACUUGACUUGUUGCGUACUUUCCCUCCUGAUGCUAAUUAUUUACCAGUUGAAGGUGAAGAGCUGUCCGAGUUUAUGAGGAACCAAGGCUAUCCUAAAAAACAUAGACACAAGCUACCUUGUCUGAGACAAGAACUUAUUGAGGCUUUCCAUGAGAGUCGUUACUUGGCUUUUGUCAAGCAUGCAGCACUACAUUUUCAAGCACUACAUAAACAACAAAAGAAAACAGAGGAGAAACCACCACUAACCAAUGGACACAGCUGUGAUGAGAACAAAAAUGAGAUUGAUGAAGAAAUAACUGAGGAAGCUAAAAAACUAGUUGAGACAUUUACAGCACAGGAUUCAGAUGCACAAAAAACAGUGGAAGAUGAUACAAGAGAAGUUGUGAGAAAGGCAACUCAAGCAGCUGGUUCCAUUUCUGAGACAGAAUUUUGCAUUGCAUUCAACCCAGAUGUCUUUCAGCCUCAUGUGAAGCAUUUAGAUCCUGACAGUGAAACUUACAAAAAAGAAAAAGAACUUGUUAAGAUGGCAUCACAGCAUAUCGUUUCUCACCAAAUUCCUCUAAUGAUUACAGAUUUCCUUGACCAUACUUCUUCACCUGUUGAUGGAAUUACCUUAACUGAAUCCAUGCAUAACAGGGGAAUCAAUGUUCGUUAUUUAGGAAAAGUUGCUGAAUGCCUUACCAAAUAUCCUACUUUGUCAUAUGUUUAUACAAUUGCUGUUAGUGAAUUGAUUUGUCGAUCUGCCAAACACCUUUACAACCAUUUUAUGCAAGGUGUGGAUAUGAUGAAUACAGCAGCGGCCAUAAGCCAUUUCUUAAACUGCUUUCUCGGCUCAUACCCUAACCCCCACACACAAGUUAUGGCUGAUGAGAGCAAAGCUGCCAAGCGUAAAAGCAAAAGGAAAAAUAAGCACAGUGUUGUUUUUAGCAUAGAAAACACAGAAUGGUCUUCUGAAACCCCAAAGAGUUUAUGGAAGAAAAUUGCUGGUGAAACUGAUGAAUAUUACAGCUAUACACUUGAAUGUGAUGGUAUUGACAGUGCCUUAGAACAAUACAACUGCCAAAGAGUCGCCUUGCUCCGUUCUAUUUGUUUGAAAGUGGGAGUUCAGAUACAGUUGAGAGAAUACAAUCUAGAAAACAGAAGUCGACCUAUAUUUACUGAAGAUGACAUUGUCAAUGUUUUCCCUAUUGUAAAGCACAUCUCACCCAAAGCAACAGAUGCAUUUCACUUUUUUUCAAGUGGACAAAACAAAAUCCAGCAGGGACUUCUCAGGGAGGGCUAUGAACUGAUUAGUGAAGCCCUUAACUUGCUCAACAAUGUUUAUGGUGCUAUGCACCCAGAGAUAGCUGCUUGUCUCAGGCUGCUGGCUAGAUUAAAUUACAUUUUAGGGGAGUUUGGGGAGGCCAUGUCUUAUCAGCAAAGAGCAGUUUUCAUGAGUGAGCGUGUUAUGGGAGUUGAUCAUCCUAAUACCAUCACAGAAUAUGCACACUUUGCCUUGUACUGCUUUGCGAAUAGCCAAGUGACGAGUGCCUUACGACUGAUGUACAGAGCUCGCUAUUUAGCUAUCAUCUGUCAUGGAGAAAAUCACCCAGAAGUUGCUCUCAUUGAUAGCAACAUUGGUCUCAUCCUGCAAGCUGUUGAAGAGUAUGAUUUAGCUUUACGUUAUUUGGAACAUGCCCUUCAACUUAACAUCAAAUACUUUGGAGCAGAAAGUCUGAAGACAGCCAUGACAUACCACCUUGUAGCAAGAACUCAUUCAUGUCGUGGAGAUUUCAGAUCAGCUCUGCAAAGUGAGAAGGAAGCUUAUGCCAUAUACAAGGCAAAGCUGGGUGAGAACCAUGAACGUACUAAAGAAAGUUCUGAAUGCUUAGCACAUCUGACAAAGCAGGCCGUUGUGGUACAGAAAAAGAUGAAUGAAAUAUAUAAAGGGGAAGUAAACUCCUCGUUACCUCCAAUACAGAUCCAGCCUCCUUCUCUUGCUGGUGUACUAGAGACAUUGAAUGUCAUAAAUGGCAUUGUUUUUGUUCAAAUCAGCCCAGAUGAGCUUGAGAAGUUUAAACAAGAAAUGUCAAAGCAUCAGUCAGCUGAAGAGAAUAAGGAAGAUGCAAUUGAAAAUGGAGGUGAUGGGGACAAACCAAAACUGAAGGAUACCACAGCAGACAGCACAUCUGAGGAUAAAGUUUUGGUCAACGGUCAUGAUGAAAGUAACAAGAACAACAGUAACACUGUGCCAGUAGUUAUUGAAGGCAUUGCCCUGGCAUAAGUUAUGUAUAAUAUAAUGGGGAAUAAUUCAGCUAUUUCUUAUGUUUUCUAACAUUGGUCGAGUACUUUGAGUGAAUUCUUGUUACUUUAUGAAACGGCUUUGGUUAUGAUGGGGAUCAAACAGUAGAAAUUUUUUUGUACAAUGAAUAUCGUUUGUAGAUACCAUUGUCAUUUUUUUUCCCAAAAAAAUAUUUGUCUUGGUUAUAAUCAUUUUUACAUUCAAGAUGGGUAUUCAUUAUUCUUCAUCAUUAAAUAAGCACAAAUCUCAUGGAAUAUUUUGAUCAUAGGUUUUGUUUUAAAGUCUUUCUUGAAUGUACUUUUUAUAUCCAUUUUCUUUCUACCCUGUACCUUGGUUAUUAAAGCAAAAUUCUGAAUUUUGUGAUUUAUAAUUCUUCACUGGCUGGUGAAACAAAAGUAUUUGUUUUAUAUAAUCAAAUAGCAAAGCUAACUUAUAGUAAAUAAUAUUUGUGCUUGAGCUAUUCGAUAGUUAGAUAAUUCCCUAGCUGUAGAUCAUUCCUUGUGUCAGUAGUUGUUUUUUAUUUUUUGUUAUUUUGUUGAGAAUUAUUUUAUUACAAUGUUUCAUUUGAUAAGGUAAAAAGUAUUUGUUAGCCCUUUAUGAUUUCACUAAACAGCCUGAGAAAAGUGUCUUCAUUUUUGAACAUUCAUUGAAAUUUAUGUAAAUAAUUAACAAAAAUGUAACACUUGUAUUAAGUGUUAAUAUCUAUCACAAAUGCUAUAAAACAGAUUGAAAUAAUUUAUAAUUAUGCUUGGUAUUAAACAAUUAACUUGGAUCAAUGGUUUCUUGACACUUGUUGCAAUUAUAACAAUUUAAAUGCCAUUAGCUAACAAAAAUUAACUCCAAAUGUGUGAUAAUUAAGUUUAAAGAACAAUCAUUGAUUUGUAAUUUAUAUUGCAAUAAUUAAUUGCAUAUGAUCGGUGCAUAUUUUGUAUACAUUUAUAACUAAAGCAUGAUUUUCAUAAUAUACUUGAACAUUAUGGAGCUUUUGAUUGUGUGAAUUUGUACAUUGUCAAAAUCUCAGAAACCAGUUUCUUAUAGACCCUAACAUUUGGCAACAUAACAGGCAUGAACUUGCCUGUUAUCUGAAAUCCACAAGUCAUACAAACUAUGGGAGUCUCGACUAUUAGAUGUUGGACAUAUUUCCGCCCUAAGAUUUUGUAUAACUGUUUUUGCACAUUUAAAGUAAAUGUGUUAAUUGUUUUGAGCAUAAUGUUGUAUUACUACAUGUUAGUAAUCUCACAUUACAAUAAGCAUUAAAUAAUUGAAGCAAGGCCUUGAACUUUUGCUCUGUUAAAUGACAGAAUUUAACAAAAAAUUCAUUUUAUUAUUACACAAGGUAUUAACAAUUACCGGUUGUAUUUGAAUAACAUUACUAUUAAGAUUUCACGAUUUUCUUUGAAAUCUAAUUUCCUCAUGUAGACAUUCCAUUGAGAAUAGUGUAGUUUCUGGCCUAAAAUUAAAUAAUAAAGUUAGUAAAGUUAUAAACUAAACUACUGCUUAAUUAUGAAACUUAAAAUUUCAUCCUUUUUUUUUAUGACUGCAUGAAGUAGUUUAGAUACUGUAGGCUUAGUUUGUGUGGACUUUAUUUUUAUAUUGUAUGGAAGUUUUGAGUCCAAUCUGCUACUUCAAUCAAAUUGAACCAUUACAAGUGUGGUUUUAAUGUCUUCCAUAGCAUGUGCUUAUAUAAAUUUAAGAUCAGAUCAAAUUUAGAUAAGGUACACGACUCAAAAAUGAUUUGCUAUGUAUUGUGAUCUGCAUAUAACAUACAUUUAUAAAUAUAUCAUUCAUCUUUGUGUGCUGUUUUGGUCUAUUGGUUUGAAUUAAUGAUGAAUAGACUAUGUGAAUAGGUGGUGGUUGUAAAUAGUGCACUCAGCUGUAUUUGAUUAUUAAACAGAAAAUGUAUUGUCUUACAAUUGUUAAGGACAAGAUGUUACUUUUUCUAAGUCUGCAAUUGGUGGCAUAUCAAAUGAUAAAUUUUGAUAUCUCCAUUUUAGGCCUAGUUAAAUAGCUUAUUUGCUUUAAUACUAAGGUUAAUAUACGCAUUUUUUACUGUUACCCUGUUUAAUACCUUAAUUUUUUAUAAUGCAAAAUAGUCAAUGUUUAACUCGUUUUUCUAAUGUAUUGUGACUUUUUCAGUGCUUAAUGAGUAAUAUAAAUAUUCAUUAAAAUUCAGUUUUGUUACUGAAAAUUCUGCAGUUUUUCAUUAUCUUUUUGGUUGCAUUCAUUUACGUUUUGGUUUCUUUCAUCCUACAAGUGGUAAUUUAUCAAUUUCAUUUUCAAGUACUGAAAUUAAGAUUUAAGCACUGAAAUUGAUCAAUAGGUAAACAUUAAAACAUGUUAAAUGUUAAUAAAUUAGACACUAGUGUUUACCAUAGUAGCAUUAAACAAUCGAAAUGUUAACAAAUUUGAGGUGUCUGUAAAAUUUUUGCUACAAGCACAGCACUGAAAGCAUAUACUUAGAAAUGAAGUACAUUUCUCAUGGAUUCUCAAUUGAAUUUUUUUCCUACAACACAUUGAAUGUAGUGACACAGUGAAAUUAAUGCUGUGAUCAAUUAGCCUUUAGAGUUGUAUGUUGUGUGGUAGUGCAUGCUCGUCGAACUGGCGGCCAGCCGCAGCGGCAUUAUUGUGAUUAAAGAUUGUACAUUUUA